UCUCUCGGUAAUUUUGUUUAAAAACCUGUGUCAGAAUGACCAUAUUAAAAUAUCUGUCUUCUAUAAAAAUGAAAACUACAAGUGUAUUUUAUUAAUACAAAGGUAAGAUGUGUUCAGUUUAGAAAAAAUAGAAAGUACGGAUCAGAAAAGAAGCAAAAAAGGAAAAGAAAAAAAGCAUUUAUUAUUGUCACUGGUUUUCACCAUGGGAGGAUGUUUCCUUUCAGAUCUUUACAUGUAUACAAUUGACCCAUGCAGAGUUUAUGGAAGGAUAUAUGGGCUUGUACUAUUUAUAACAUUUUGAACUUGUGAAGCCUUAUUUUAAAAGUUCUAUUUUGUCACUCGACUCAACUUUACCUUUGAUCAAAAUUGUUAAAGAGCUUGACAGGCUUUCUAUGCAAAUUAUUUAAAUGUUUUCUUCCCUUUUAAUGAAGACAGAAAACUACAGUGAGGUGGGCAGAAGGCAAGCAGCAGGAGAGAGCAUGAGUCCGUCAAGAGAACUGGGUCAUUCGGAGACUGAAUAAUAAUUCUUGAGGCCAAAUCUGGCUCCUAAAAAACAUCAAAGGAAGCUUGCACCAAACGCUCUGCAGGGCCGCCUCAGAAGCCUGCCAUCACCCAGUGUGGUGCAGAAUGGCGCCCCCCACAGGUGUGCUCUCUUCAUUGCUGCUGCUGGUGACAGUUGCAGGUUGUGCCUGUAAGCAGUGCAGCGAGGGGAGGACGUAUUCCAAUGCAGUCAUUUCACCUAACUUGGAAACCACCAGAAUCAUGCGGGUGUCUCACACCUUCCCUGUCGUAGACUGCACAGCCGCUUGCUGUGACCUGUCCAGCUGUGACCUGGCCUGGUGGUUCGAGGGCCACUGCUACCUGGUGAGCUGCCCCCACAAAGAGAACUGUGAGCCCAAGAAGAUGGGCCCCAUCAGGUCUUAUCUCACUUUUGUGCUCAGGCCUGUUCAGAGGCCUGCACAGCUGCUGGACUAUGGGGACAUGAUGCUGAACAGGGGUUCCCCCUCGGGGAUUUGGGGGGAGUCACCUGAGGAUAUCAGAAAGGACUUACCCUUUCUAGGCAAAGAUUGGGGACUAGGGGAGAUGUCUGAAUACUCAGAUGACUACCGGGAGCUGGAGAAGGACCUCUUGCAACCCAAUGGCAAGCAAGAGCCCAGAGGGAGUGCCGAGUACAUGGACUGGGGCCUACUGCCAGGCAGCGAGGGGGGCUUCAACUCCUCUGUUGGAGACAGCCCUGAGGUGCCAGCGGAGACACAGCAGGACCCUGAACUCCAUUACCUGAAUGAGUCAGCUUCAACCCCUGCCCCAAAACUCCCUGAGAGAAGUGUGUUGCUUCCCUUGCCGACUACCCCAUCUUCAGGAGAGCUGUUGGAGAAAGAAAAGGCUUCUCAGCUCCAGGAACAAUCCAGCAACAGCUCUGGAAAAGAGGUUCUAAUGCCUUCCCAUAGUCUUCCUCCAGCAAGCCUGGAGCUCAGCUCAGCCACCGUGAAGAAAAGCCCAGUGCUCACAGUCACCCUGGGGAGUACAGAGCACAGCAUCCCAACACCUCCCACUAGCACAGCCUCCUCUGGGUCCACCCCAUCUGAGCUACCCAUAUCUCCUACCACUGCUCCCAGGACAGUGAAAGAACUUAUGGUAUCGGCUGGAGAUAACCUAAUUAUAACUUUACCCGACAAUGAAGUUGAACUGAAGGCCUUUGUUGUGCCAGCGCCACCUGCAGAAACAACCUACAGCUAUGAAUGGAGUUUAAUAAGCCACCCCAUAGACUACCAAGGUGAAAUAAAACAAGGACACUUGCAAACUCUUAAUCUCUCUCAAUUGUCCGUUGGACUUUAUGUCUUCAAAGUCGCUGUUUCUAGUGAAAAUGCCUUUGGAGAAGGAUUUGUCAAUGUCACUGUUAAGCCUGCCAGAAGAGCCAACCUGCCACCUGUAGCCGUUGUUUCUCCCCAACUGCAAGAGCUCACUUUGCCUUUGACGUCAGCCCUCAUUGAUGGCAGCCAAAGUACAGAUGAUACUGAAAUAGUGAGUUAUCACUGGGAAGAAAUUAACGGGCCCUUCAUAGAAGAGAAGACUUCAGUUGACUCUCCCGUCUUACGCUUGUCUAACCUUGAUCCUGGUAACUAUAGUUUCAGGUUGACUGUUACAGACUCGGACGGAGCCACUAACUCUACAACUGCAGCCCUAAUAGUCAACAAUGCUAUGGACUACCCACCGGUCGCUAACGCUGGACCAAAUCACACUAUAACUUUGCCUCAAAACUCCAUCACUUUGAAUGGAAACCAGAGCAGUGACGAUCACCAGAUUGUCCUCUAUGAGUGGUCCCUGGGUCCUGGGAGUGAGGGCAAACAUGUGGCCAUGCAGGGCGUGCAGACACCGUACCUUCAUUUAUCUGCAAUGCAGGAAGGAGAUUAUACAUUUCAGCUGAAGGUGACAGAUUCUUCACGGCAACAGUCCACUGCUGUGGUGACUGUGAUCGUCCAGCCUGAAAAUAACAGACCUCCAGUGGCUGUGGCUGGCCCUGAUAAAGAGCUGAUCUUCCCAGUGGAAAGUGCUACCCUGGAUGGGAGCAGCAGCAGUGAUGACCACGGCAUUGUCUUCUACCACUGGGAGCACAUCAGAGGCCCCAGUGCAGUGGAGAUGGAAAAUAUUGACAAAGCAAUAGCCACUGUGACUGGUCUUCAGGUGGGGACCUACCGCUUCCGUUUGACUGUGAAAGACCAGCAGGGACUGAGCAGUACAUCCACCCUCACUGUGGCUGUGAAGAAAGAAAAUAAUAGUCCUCCCAGAGCCCGGGCUGGUGGCAGACAUGUUCUUGUGCUUCCCAAUAAUUCCGUUACUUUGGAUGGUUCAAGGUCUACUGAUGACCAAGGAAUUGUGUCCUAUCUGUGGAUCCGGGAUGGCCAGAGUCCAGCAGCUGGAGAUGUCAUCGAUGGCUCUGACCACAGUGCGGCCCUGCAGCUUAUGAAUCUGGUGGAGGGAGUGUACACUUUCCACUUGCGAGUCACCGACAGUCAGGGGGCCUCGGACACGGACACUGCCACUGUGGAAGUGCAGCCAGACCCUAGGAGGAGUGGCCUGGUGGAGCUGACCCUGCAGGUUGGUGUUGGGCAGCUGACAGAGCAGCGGAAGGACACCCUGGUGAGGCAGCUGGCUGUGUUGCUGAACGUGCUGGACUCGGACAUUAAGGUCCAGAAGAUUCGGGCCCAUUCGGAUCUCAGCACCGUGAUUGUGUUUUAUGUACAGAGCGGGCCGCCUUUCAAGGUUCUCAAAGCUGCUGAAGUGGCCCGAAAUCUGCACACGCGACUCUCAAAGGAGAAGGCUGACUUCUUGCUUUUCAAGGUCUUGAGGGUUGAUACAGCAGAGUGGAGUAUAUUCUAUGUGACAGUGCUGGGUUUUACUCUUACUGUGCUAACAGGAGGUUUCACUUGGCUUUGCAUCUGCUGCUACAAAAGACAAAAAAGGACUAAAAUCAGGAAAAAAACAAAGUACACCAUCCUGGAUAACAUGGAUGAACAGGAAAGAAUGGAACUGAGGCCCAAAUAUGGUAUCAAGCACCGAAGCACAGAGCACAACUCCAGCCUGAUGGUAUCCGAAUCUGAGUUUGACAGCGACCAGGACACAAUCUUCAGCCGAGAAAAGAUGGAGAGAGGGAAUCCAAAGGUUUCCAUGAAUGGUUCCAUCAGAAAUGGAGCUUCCUUCAGUUAUUGCUCAAAGGACAGAUAAUGGCGCAGUCGUUUGUAAAGUGGAAGAACCCCAUAGGUCCUUGAAUCCAGGACCAGUCAGUGGGAGUUACAGCACAAAACCCACUCUUUUAGAAUAGUUCAUUGACCUCCUUCCCCAGUGGGCUAGAUGUGUAUCCCCACGUACUAAAAGACCGGUUUUUGAAGGCACAAAACAAAACAAAAACGUUGCUCUUUUAACUGAGAUGCUUGUUAAUAGAGAUAAAGGCUGGGUGAAACUCUAAGGUACAUACUUAAAAGAGUUUUGUGUUUUUGUAGCUGGCAGAAUCUCAUGUUAAAGAUGAAAAACUAUUUCUAUCUGUAGAACCUUAGAGAAGGUGAAUUAAAUAAGGAUUUAAAGAGGGAUGGUUUCUCCCUUAGCCACUGUGAUUGCCUGUAAGGAACAGCAUUCUAAACAUGGUUUAUCUUGUAGCACCUGCAGUCAAAUGGCUGUGUAUGUUAAAAUAGCUUAUCUAAGAGGCACAGGUCGUCUUCUGUGGAGGGACGGGGAGUCUUGCGUGUAGCAAGUUUUCUGUGCUGACGGCAACACACAGUGCAAAGUCCUCCUGGUUUUCAAUUCUGUGCUAUGUCAACGGCAGUUUUCAGCUCUCUCAAGAGAGCAGCUGUUGGCCAUUCAAGAGCUAAGGAAGAAUCAUAUUCUAAGGACUGAGGCAAUAGAAAGGGGAGGAGGAGCUUAAUGCCGUGUAGGUUGAAGGUAGCUUUGUAACAUUAUCUUUUCUUUAAGAAAAACUACAGUGACUCCUCUGGGUGUUGUUUAGCAGUCUUGUUCUCUAAUGUCAACUGAGCCCCAGUUUACAUUAAAUGCAAUAGAAGUGAUUAAUUCAUUAAACGUUUAUUAUGUUCUGUAGGCUGUGCAUUUGGACUGCCAUAGAUAGGACAAUUGUGUAUAUAUUCCAAAACUCUGAAAUACAGUCAGUCUUAACUUGGAUGGCGUGGUUAUGAUACUCUAGUCCCCGACAGGUACUUUCCAAAAUAACUUGACAUAGAUGUCUUCACUUCCUAUGUUUAAAAAUACAUUUAAGUUUUUCUACCGAAUAAAUCUUAUUUCAAACAUGAAAGACAAUUAAAACAUUCCCACCCACAAAGCAGUACUCCAGAGCAAUUAACUGGAGUUAAUUGCAGCCUGCUACGUUCACUGGUUCAGGGUAGUUCCCCAUCCGCCCUUGGUCCUGAAGCUGGGCCUUGGUGGCGCCCUUGGCAUUCUUUGUGGGAAGAUUAAAAUGAGAGAUAGAACCAGUGUUGUGGUAUCAAGUGUAACCACACCUAAACAAUAUCCUGUUGCACAACGCUUUUGUAACACAUGGGAAAACUAGGAUUGCAUUGCUGAUUAAGCAGCAAGGUAUUUCAACCACCAGGGCAGGAGUGCCAGAGAAAAUCUUCCCCAUGGGCUCCUAAAAAAAAUUCAGCUUUUAGGUGCUUUUGUCAUCUCCCGGAGUAUUCAUCCUCAUGGGACCAUCUUAUUUUUACUUAUUGUAAUUUACUGGGGAAAGGCAGAACUAAAAAGUGUGUCAUUUUAUUUUUAAAAUAAUUGCUUAUGCCUACACUUUCUGUAUAACUAGCCAAUUCAAUACUGUCUAUAGUGUUAGAAGGAAAAUGUGAUUUUUUUUUUUUUUAACCAGUAUUGAGCUUCAUAAGCCUAGAAUCUGCCUUAUCAAGUGACCAGGGUUAUGGUUUUUUGCAUGCAAAUGUGAAUGGCUGACAUAGGGGACAGCAGCCCAAAUGUGAAGUCGUUGGGCAUAACGAGGAAGAAGGGAGUGAACAUUUACCGCUUUAUGUACAUAACAUAUGCAUUUUACAUACUCAGUUGAUCCUUAUAAUCAACCUUGAAGAGGAGAUAUUAUUAUUCUUAUAUUGCAGAUAGCCCUCUGAAGGCCCAGAGAGGUUAAGUAGCUUGCCAGAGGUCACGGCCAAGAUGUAGUGGAUCUAAGCACUGAAAGCAAAUUUUUAAAACUGUAGUGUUCUGCUUUCCACUACACAAAGAACUCCUGCCUUGAUGGAUGGAGGGCAAAUUCUGGUGGAAAUUUUGGGCCACCUGAAAGUUCUGUUCCCAGGACUAAGAAGAAUUCCUUUUAAUGGGUCCAGAGAGCCAAGGACAGAGGGAGAGAUGGCCUGUACAGUCUCCUGUGGAUCACACCCUCCCUCUAAGUUUGCAAUGGACUUCUCCUGCCCCUCCUCCUCUUCUGUCCUUGGCCAUCUCAGCCUGGCCUCUCUGAUCCUUCCAUCACAGAAGGAUCUUGAAUCUCUGAGAAAUCAAACAGCACAGUAGGGAUCGGAAAGUGGGUCCUAUCUUGUUACCCCAUUUCUCAUCAGAACAAAGCACGAGAUGGAAUGACCAGCCAGCGUUCUUCAUGGUGGACUGCUUAUCAUUGAGGGUCUUUGGGAGAUAAAGCCCCCUAAGAGCUUUGGACAGAGAAAAACAGGCCCUAGAAUAUGGGAGUGGGUGUUUGUAGGGCUCACAGGAUAACAGACAUUUGAGUCGCUGGUUUACAUUCCAUGAAGGAGGAUUCAUACCCAUGGCAUUACAGGGCUAAGCAUGUGUAUGACUAAAGAACUAUCUGAAAAACAUGCAGCGGGGUAAUAAAAUGUACCACUCAACAAGCCAGUGAUGCCACGCUUUGUGCGCGGGGAGGAGAGUGACUACCAUUGUUUUUGUGUGACAAAGCUAUCAUGGACUGUUUGAAUCUUGGUUUUAUUGCUUAAAAUGUAUUAUUUUUCCCUAUGUGUUGACAAGGUAUUUCUAAUAUCACACUAUUAAAUAUAUGCACUAAUCUAAAUAAAGGUGUCUGUAUUUUCUGUAAUGCUUAUUUUUAGGGGGAAAUUUGUUUUCUUUAUGUUUGGGUGUAGAGGGAUUUCCCUUGAGUAUGGGUCAGCAAACUGUGGCCUGCAGCCUGUGUGUGCAUGCCCCAUGAUCUGAAAAGCGGGUCUCAGGUUUUCAAAUGGUUAAAAAUAAAAAAAAAAUUGAAACGUGAACUAUAUGAAAUUCAGAUUUGUGUUCAUAAAUAAAGUUUUAUUGGAACAUA